AUGGUGUGUUCUUGCCGAAUUUUCUUUCAUUUUGACGAAGAAAACUUUAGACACCCCGCUCUUGUUGCCGUCUUUUAAGAACUUUAGGUUCAUGCCUCACCGUUUAGAAUAGCUUGAGUGUCAGGGAAUUUUGCUUUUCGGCAACAUAUUAAUUAAUAUGUUGCUUCAGUGUAUAGGGCAUGAAGGAAUUGUCACAUUCAGUUUGUGACUAAGGUGUUCGGCAUUUUUAAAUCACUUUCAGUCCGCAGGCUUCACUCUGCACCUGGAAAUACACUGCAGGUAUUUAGGAGUGCUUUUUGCCCCAGCCCUUCCGAGCCAAAAGUACCGGGGACCAAUAGCAUGCUUUUAAAACCAUGUUUCACCAAGAAAACGCGAUUCGUUGGUAAUUAAGACAUCAUAUUAUCAUAGUCACUGUCGUCGCUCGUUUAUAUUGGUCGCGUAUGACAUAAUUAUGCUGCUGUCGUCAGCCGGCUGCGCUACCCAGACCCGUACAUCCGGGUAUUUUUGAUUCGGUCGUCAGCUUGCCUCAUCACUUAGACAUGUUUAAGACCUUUACUUGAUCGCGCGCGUCAUUCGCUCGUUGUUUCCCAGUCAUGUCCUUGGGACACUACAGUUCGUACAAUUCUUGUAAUUUAACACCCCCACUUGCUUUAGGCUACCAAGUCUGUGGCAAUCUGUUGGGUCGUAGUUUACCGAAGGUCGGAACUGACGCGAUAAAUAGUAAGUUACGGCUGGAAAACGAUUAAUGUUGACUGGAGAGCUGUGCAAAGCUUGGCGUGACGAUCGACUUCCCCACUUACUUUUUAUUCCGUCACAGGAACUAGGCUGACGACCCAUAUAACAUUGAAGUAGAGGCUAAGGAGAGCCCUCCAACAGUUCCAGGACCCUUAAUUCUGCUUGUUGUGAUUGUGCACAUAUCUGACUUUCCCGGCCUCUUCAGACGCGAUGAGCAGCAGAUUUUGGUGAUUUGACCCCAUGUUCUCCGUCCGCGAGGGCUAGAUAUCAUUGGCCCAAGCACCCUUGACAGACCGCGUUGAGCCAAUUUCAUCAGACUUUUUGCCGCCGUCAGAUUUGGGGCAAUAGCGUGAGGGCGACGAAGGAUGUGUCAAAGCCACCACUGCAAUCUUUAUGGGAUGGCCUGAGGUACCGUUGCGAUGUUAUCGCAGCGAGUACCGACUGUCUUAUCCUACGAAGUCGGUGUAAUUCGCUCAAACAAAACUCGGGCGACGGUGGUCGAUCACUUUUCAUUCGUCUUUUACAUGCACAGCCCACAAAUAACAACCAUACGGUGAACUUACUGAACAGAUGCCUCGUACACAUAGAUGUUGGUCAUGGUUUUGGCAUUACAAAUGGGCUGUUCACGCGUCCGAAGGCUCACAAAAGCUCCUCUAGCAGCAUUGGUUGGGUCGACGAUGCUACAUUAAGUCUGUUUGUUUGAAGCUGUUUACUCCUGUCUGAAAACCAGAAUCACGAGCACUGUCCUUCUACAGUCCAAGCAAUAGCUAUAAAUUUAUUCUCUUCGCAACGAUUAAAUCGACUAACUAAACGACUUCUUUUACCCGCUACGUUAUAUCCCAUGGGUCAGAAUAGCCUAGCGAUAGCAGAGCAACAUCACCAACCUAGUCGAGCCAGUCAGUCAGCAUUGAUGGGACCCCAGCGGGUCUUUAUUAAUAAUCAUUUAUUUAUUUACUAUUUUAUUUAUCCUAUUGCAAAUUCGACGCUAAAUUGUAUAUAGCCCUUCGGAAAAUUCGGCCAAUGCCGUAGUUUAAUAGGAUGGGCAACAGGGUGAAAACUUACCUAAAGACACCGUCCCUAUAGGCCAUUUGUUGCUCGCGUCACAAUUGUUUCCGUGACCGUGUAGAUCUGCCGUUGUUACUUUGUGCCCGGGUACUCUUACAAUUGUUGAAUCGCGGUUGUCGGGAUCUAACUUAACAAGCCAUUCAGUCUACGUGACUACGACCUUCCUUGAACUACGCACUGCAUUUGUUGGAAUCGUCGCCCUAGAUGUGCGCCAGCAGAUCAGAACAAACGUGGAAAAUAUGGUUUUCUUUGAAGAAUUUGCUGCAUAUUGCCUUUUGGAAUACAAAAACAUCUCACACAGAAACUCGCAAAUUGUGCAUGCCCUGAGGACUUUUUGCGAUGCCUGCUGGAUGUGUUUGCUCAGGAGACCUAUUAUCGUGUACCCACAGCUGCCAUUUUCAUGUCAUAUGUACCGGACACCUGCCGCUAACCGACCACAAUUGAGUGCGACCGAAUAAAACGGUGGCUCGAAUCGGUCCACGUGACCGCCAUUGGGUGUUCAAGUAGUCAGGGCCUAUACUAACUCGGUUACGUUGUUUACCUCUGUCCGCAUGCGAUCUGCCUUGUGUGCCAACUGUCGAAGUAAGCUCCGAAUAUUUUUCUUCCUAGAUAAGGGUAAUUGUCUUGCUCUUUGCGUCCGAAUUUACCUACCCAAUCAUGAUGAGCAAUUGUGGUGCAGAUCUAGUGUAAGGCUUAUGAUAACCGGAGCCGACGUCUCUGCCAAAUUGUCAAGGUGACGACGAGGUGUAGAGCUCCAGAUCACCGAAGUACGUGUAGUCUUCAGAGCCUUAGGACGGACACGAGGUCAGACGGUAGGCGAAGCUAAAGUUGCACAGUUGUUUUAAGCCACUGGGACACUAUAGGUAUCCGCAGAAGCUAUUUGCCACAUUCACUUGUAAAACGAAUUUUUCUAAGAUAUUAUCUCAUGUAGGUCUGACUCGAUAAACCUUCAACGAUAAGGUUGUUCUCUUGUACGCCUGAAAAACUGUUGCGAGGCGGCAAGAGGGACCAAAGACCAGAUGGCGUUUUUUAUUUUAGGAACCCAUAGCCAGUGGUGAUCAUCGACACUCCUAGCCUUUAUCUCAUUUGUUAUUUAGAACUUUGACCCAACUGUGAAAAACUCGCGCGUCGAUGGGAUUCGAACCCACGACAGCAAGGGGAGGGCUUUAGUACAGCCAUCGCACUAGCCAACUGAGCUACGAGGCCCCAUCAGGAGCCGUAAGUUUAAUCACAUUUGGGUCAGUCAGUUUACUGUAUCAGGUUUGGUGGAUUCCAUACGUUGCAGUAGGUUGGGCAGGUAACUGGACUCACGUGAUUAUAUUCACGGCUCCCAGUGGGGGCUCGUAGCCCAGGUGGCCAGAGCCCUUCCCUUGUCGUUAUGAGUUCGAAUCCCUGCGGGACGCCGUUUUUUAUAGUUGGAUUCAAAUGAGAAAUUUUUAGUUAUACAGAGACUGAAUACGGUUAAUGACCAGCUCUUUUCAUUGUUGAAGAAGCCAGUCUACCAUUUGCUGGUGCAGUAUUGACCUAGGAGAAAACGAAACCAAUUGAAGUGGCUUAUCAUUGUAAAAAGGUAGGGUACCUGCUGAACAACCAUCCGCCCAUCAUGAUUGGGAUUGAUCAGCCACUCUUUUAAAUGUCAUUUUGCGGACUAGAGCAGUAGACCCCCCUAACAACCGGCACGUGCGCCUUGGGCAGGCAAAUAUUUACAGUAAGAAUAACUGUUGGAACGUUAUCAAGUAAGAUUUAUUUGACUUCUUUUGCGGUAGACUAUGGGCACAGUGAUGAUGUUGUAAGCUCGACUUUACGACCAACCCAACUUACUGGGAGGUCUUUUUGCUGUAAAUGUGAAUUCCUGUCCGACUCAUGCACGCUUACGCAUAAAACGUCCGCAUGGGAUUAUUGGCUGCUGGUAAAUUUUCAUUGCCUUUUCCUCUGCACCUGUGCUAAAACCUCGGUUGCCUAAUUCCUCUAGGACGUCUUCCUCACGGUUCGACGGGCCAAAACUACGCUGUUUCUCAGCGUGAAGGAGAGCAUGGAGGUGCUUGAGCUAAAGAAGAUGAUUGAAGGCAUACUGAAAGUCCCGCCUGAAGAUCAACUGCUGUUACGUCAAAGCA